AGGAAAAUAUUCAUGGCGGACAGAUGAAGUCAUGAGAGGGAGUUGUUUACAUGCGUUACCAUUCACUCGGAUAUAUGCGAUUUUGUGUUUGAUUUGAAAAGGAAAAGUGUUAACUGAACAAUCAGUGAUGCAAACCCGUAUGUUGCAGUAACUUCAAAUUGUCUUGAUAAUGUAGUUUGGAGGUUUGUUGAAGAAAUUUACCGUUUGUGAGUUGCUACUUCGGAGCUUACUCUGCUGAGUGAGUGACAAACUUGUCUCGGAAGCUUUUUAACCAUGAUUUCUCCUGAUUUGUGUCACAGAUGACAUCAGUCAGUUUGUGUUUCAAGUAUUUAUGAGCGGGAUCGUCCGCCGUUUGACGUGUGAUUGGGAGGACGAGAGAUUGCUAUGUGAUGAACAAGUACGAAAUCUUGGGAGUAGUAGGUGAAGGGGCCUAUGGUGUGGUUCUAAAAUGCAGACAUAAGGAGUCCGGUGAAACGGUUGCUGUGAAGAAGUUCAAAGACAGCGAAGGCAAUAAGACGGAUGUAGAUUUUGAUGAUGUGUAUUUUGAAAAUGAAGAUGUCAAGAGGACAACCCUGCGAGAGCUCAAGAUGCUCCGGACCCUCAAACAGGAGAACAUUGUGGAGCUACGGGAGGCAUUCCGGCGCAAAGGGAAACUCUACCUUGUGUUCGAAUAUGUUGAAAGGAACAUGCUGGAGUUGCUGGAGGAGAUGCCAAACGGUGUACCACUAGAGAAAGUGAGGAGUUAUACAUACCAGCUGUGUAAGGCCAUACAGUGGUGUCAUAGUCAGGACAUCAUACACAGAGACAUCAAACCUGAAAACCUGCUGAUCAGUAAACAAGAUACCCUUAAGUUGUGUGACUUUGGUUUCGCCAGAAGUAUUACAGGAGGUCUGGUUGGGGUAUACACAGACUAUGUGGCCACAAGGUGGUACAGGUCCCCGGAACUCCUCCUCGGGUCGGCAUACGGUAAAUCGGUGGACAUCUGGUCAAUAGGCUGUAUAAUGGGAGAAUUAUGUGAUGGUCAGCCUCUGUUCCCCGGCGAGAGUGAGAUUGACCAACUCUAUGUCAUACAGAAGGUCAUGGGACAGUUACCCUCGGAGCAGAUGAACAUGUUCUUCCACAACCCUCGCUUCUCAGGCCUAAAGUUCCCAUCAGUGACUAAACCUCAGAUGCUACAGAAACGGUACCAGGGAGUUCUCAGUAGCGUCUACCUAGACUUCAUGGAGAACACGCUACAGCUUGAUCCGACCGACCGGUUCCUCAUAGAAGAAUGUAUAAACCACCAGGCCUUCCAGACAGAGCAGCUACUCAACCGUACACACAACAUCCCCAUCAAAUACGCUCGCACUGGCAGCAGCAAGAAACGCAAGAAAGAGUUCCCUGACAGUAACAUAGACAGUGAGAAUUUAAAGAACCUCCACAAGAGUCGACCUGGUACGGGGGUGUCAGAGGAAGCUAAGCCAUCCCAGGGCAUGCCACAAGUCCAGCGAGUGAUGGUUGCCAUGGGAACUCAGGAGGAAAAGAUGGACACUAGUGAGGACAAUUAUAUACAGAUGCCCGUCACUAGUAAAUACCUCAAACAGGCUAAAAACUUGUCUAAAAGUAACGCGGACAAACUGGCCAGUCAGCAAGAGACAAAUAAACAGCCAGCGCCACAGCCAGUGCAAAGGGAGGCGACUCGUACUGAGAAAUAUGACUCUCGCUCACGGACUCCAAAACCUGCAUUAGAUAGAGGGGAUGCUAAAGGUCAGGAUAGUGUUGGUCAGUUUGACCGGGAGAAAACUUUGGUGCUCGAUAAUGGAUAUAAGAUAAGGAUGACGACAGAUAAAUCCCCUGGUCAGGAGGAAAGCAUGGUAAGGGGGGCGAGGCAUAAUAGUACUACAAGUGAACGAACUGUGGACACGAACAAUAGGUCAGUGUCGAGAACUAGUCAAGAUAGCCGACAUCACAGCACGUUUGCUGAUUUCCGCAACGCAAAUGUGUUGGAGAGUGGGUUACAAAGUGAAUCUACAUUAACCACUGCCCAUAGUCAAACCAGCUCAUCUAACAUUGACAGCACAUCACCGCGCACAGAAGAUCUAGACUCGCCCGGAUUACAUAGUGAAUCAAAAUACCUCAAGCGUAAAGACAAUGCUAAAGUUGUGCCAGACUUAUCAGGCGAGGGGAAGGUUGUAAAACAAUCAUACUCUAAGGAGAGUCUGUCAGAUUCUCCGACUGCCACACCUCGCGAAACAAAGGGAAGCAAUCCUCAGUAUAAAUCAUCCACUUACACUGUCAACUUACAGGCGCCACAUCAUGCCCAUAGUCAAGAGUCAUCUGAAAAUUCCAAAAGCCAAUUUGGGAGUCCCCAGGUGGAGAGAAAAAAGUUCCUGGAUAAAGCUAUGCAGGAGGAGCUAAAAAGGAUCAAGUCGAGUACGCUUGGCCGCAAAAAGAGCCAGGACAAGAUCCAUCAAGGAUCUUUUAUACAGACAAUCACAGACAAACUCUCCGACGCCAAACUCCAGACAGCCGAUUCCAAGUAUAGGGAGAGCAGCUUUGUCAACUACAAUGGAACAAACAAGGCUGUCAACAAACGAAACCGCAAUCAAUAUUACGACGGAAGCAUGACUGCACGAGAGCGUGCAGGUAGCUACAGCCCAACCCCAGGCUCAGUGAUGCUGAGUGUUGUUGACUUGAACUUCCAUCGGGAGCCGAGUUCCUAUACCCAUGCCCCGGCAGUACAGACGCGUACUCACAGUAAAUAUAUCUCUAUGCAGACCUACCAGAACAACGCCGAUGUCAUUCAGUCCCCAGGGUAUUCCUCCCACCAGCGGGGCGGCCCGGGGGGCGGGGCAGGAUAUUCUCAGCAGGAUAACUGGAGAACAGCUGAUAGUAACCAAGACUGGCAGGCACAAGCGACUCGCAAGAAGAAAAAGAAGAAGUUCCUGCAGAUACUAGCCAAUGAGAAUGCUGGAAGAAUGACCCCUACAACAGGUCUUCACCUGAAUCAGUCCAGGGCAAGUCACCUUGACUAUGAUGAGGAUGCAGACGAAGGUCAGAUCUCAGCACGGGAACCGUUACAAAACUGGGAGUACUCGGCUAAAGUCGGUCUGUACAGCAGUCGUCAUCAGUACGCCAAGGCAGCCGCCUCCCUCCGCAAACAAACACGCACACCAGUUGAUAAGGGAACAAGACUGCAGCCCCUACAGAAGCCCCCUCCCCACCUUGGCAGUAUGGCCCCAGGAAGUAGUACAGGCGGGACCAUGGACCCCAUUUGGCAUGGACACCAUUCCCAUGGCAAGUCAGACUCCGACACACGUCUUGUGAACACCGCUGGAACAGAUCUCCGCACAGGCUGGAUGUCUCGCCCCCAGUCCGUCCUAGGAGACGACUCAUCGGACAUUUUUCACUACACACCCCGGGAACCUACAGAGCUCAAAUCUCUCAAGGGAGGCAAGCAGGGUCGGCACCAUAUAGAUUUACGUGGAACACGAGAUUAGUAUGACAGGAUCAGCUCCACAUAGAUUUACGUGGAACACGAGAUUAGUAUGACAGAGUCGGCACCAUAUAGAUUUACGUGGAACACGAGAUUAGUAUGACAGGAUCAGCUCCAUAUAGAUUUACGUGGAACACGAGAUUAGUAUGACAGGGUCGGCACCAUAUAGAUUUACGUGGAACACGAGAUUAGUUUGACAGGGUCGGCACCAUAUGGAUUUACGUGGAACACGAGAUUAGUAUGACAGGGUCGGCUCCAUAUAGAUUUACGUGGAACACGAGAUUAGUGUGAAGGUUGAGUAGCAGGAAACAAAAGAUUGAUCUGAUCAUUUUAUCAGACUUGCAUUUAUCAAUUGCUAUGUCAUGUUUCACACCAAUAUUUGUGAGGAUGCUACCUGCCUCGUACUCCAGUAUAAUAUUACUGUAAACCUGUGAGAAAAUAUUUAAAUGUCUCUAAAUAGUCAUACACACAUACUCAUAUUUAAAUCAAAAACAAGUCUUGUUUAAGUCAAUACGGCUCGAGAUUAUUUUGUUCCUUGUAUUGGAAAAGAAAUGUUGCAUUGUUUAUAUAUUUAUAUUUAAUCCAAAACCUAUAGAAAAUAUUUAUCUCAUUAUAAAUGUGGAAAUGAUGAAUAUUUACAAAAACUAUUUUGUGAAGUUUAAUACUAUUUCCUUUUCAAUAUGAAAAAAGUAAUAAUAACAAAAGUACUUGAAGAAGAAUUCAGAAAAAAAUAUAACUGAAUCGUUUACACUUUUGAAAUACGGUAUUGGGGUUUCACAACUGGAACAAUCCCAUGAUUAUAUAUUUUGCAAUAAAAGUGACUUUAUUAAAGACUUCAUGACAUAGACAACAAAAAGUGUUUCUAUUCAGUGUAUUAGAAGUUUGUGAUGAUCUGCGAGUUACUAACACUACUAAUGGGACAGUAAUGUAUGUCUGAUAUACAAGGCCAGGCUUCAGAUUUAAUGUAUAAAGCAAACUUUUUAUCAGCAGGUGGUCAUCAUUUAUUUUAACAAUAUUUCGAAGAGUUUUGAAAAGUCAUUCUUCCAGUAUCAUACCUGGUGACUUUAGAAACUGUCACAUACAUUAAGUCAAAUGAUUGUUGAAUUUUUUUUUUUCCAUGAAGACUUAACUUUGCAAAAUUUGAUUACAAGCAGUGAUUAUUUACUAUAACCUACUUGUAUUGGCUAUAGAGAGAAAGCAUACAUAGCUGGCCAUUGGCUGAGAAUCCAAUAUUUAUGCCCAUGUGUGAUGGUCAAUCAGAUAUUCUUUUUCAAGUUUAAUAUUACCAUGAAUAGAUAAUUAUAUACAUUUGUUUAACAGCCUUUGGUUACCAUAGAUUAUAAGAUAUACGCUACAAUGAGCAGACUUUUUGUCUCUCACAUGAGAGGCUAAAAGAGAAUGAUUGUGAUUUUUUUCAUUGGAUUGGUUGCAUUAUAAAUUUAGGGGUUGAGUGUGCACCUUAAACUUGUAGAUUAGAAGACGGUACAGUGACAGUAUCUGUCUGUGCUGUCCGACACAGUAAGUAUCUGUCUGUGCUGUCCGACACAGUACCUAUCUGUCUGUGCUGUCCGACACAGUACGUAUCUGUCUGUGCUAUCCGACACAGCACAGUGGCAGUAUCUGUCUGUGCUGUCCGACACAGCACAGUGGCAGUAUCUGUCUGUGCUGUCUGACACAGUACAGUGGCAGUGUCUGUCUGUGCUGUCCGACACAGCACAGUGGCAGUGUCUGUCUGUGCCGUCUGACACAGUACGUAUCUGUCUGUGCUGUCCGACACAGUACGUAUCUGUCUGUGCUGUCCGACACAGUACAGUGGCAGUGUCUGUCUGUACUGUCCGACACAGUACAGUGACCGUGUCUGUCUGUGCUGUCCGACACAGUACAGUGGCAGUGUCUGUCUGUGCUGUCCAACACAGUAUAGUGACAGUGUCUGUCUGUGCUGUCUGACCCAGUACAGUGACAGUGUCUGUCUGUGCUGUCCGACACAGUACAGUGACAGUGUCUGUCUGUGCUGUCUGACACAGUACAGUGACAGUGUCUGUCUGUGCUGUCCGACACAGUACAGUGACAGUGUCUGUCUGUGCUGUCCAACACAGUACAGUGACAGUAAAUGUCUGUGCUGUCCAACACAUUUAUAUAAGUAGAUUCUGAAAAACAUACUCCUAGUUACUGGCACAGUAUUAAAUUAUUUAUUUCAUGUUCCCUUUCUUUUACAUUUUUAUAAAAGUAAAAUUCCCUCCACAACAUUUUGUCUCACAUUUUCUUCUACCUCGUCUUGGUUAUCAUUGUUUUUUAAUGAAAAGCUUAGUUCUAUAUAUUGUAUGAGAAGAUGGGAUUAAAGUAUAAAUAACAUGUGUAACUAUAUCUCUUGUCUUAUGUUAACUUAAUUGUCGCAGAAACAUUCCAUAUAUAUACAUGUACAGAAAUCUAACUGAUAAAUAUAGAAAGAUUACUUUGAUGGAAAAUGUUAAUUAAUGAAAUCUCAAUAUUCUUAUAAGAUUACGACUCUUUGAAAAAAUGAAUAUUAUAAUAUAGGUACAAUUCUUCUAUAAACAACAUUUAUUUAUGUAUUCAUGUAACAGCAGCAUAUAAAGCUAAGAGAUAGCGCCAAUAGACGUCCACCCUGGCUGUGGUGAUAAGAAUACAUACCCUAUAAUUAGGAUUUUAUUUUAUUUUCUGAUAAUCGCAAUAAUUGAUGUUGAUGUAUGUGGCUGUAGACAAUCACAUGUUAGUAACGGUUGUGAUUCACAGGAUACUCUCCCACAUUGGGACAUAGUGUCCUACUUUACAUUGGGUGGACGGUCAAUCACGCACAUUUGUAUUUUUGCCAAAGAUGAAUAUAUGUUAAUAAGUGCUGGUCAGUGUUUAAUUCUGAGCCCUAAUGACAGGAGCUAGAAUAAGGUAGGAGGGCGAGAGGAUGUAAAGGGAUGAGAGAAGGUCAGGGUGAGAAGGUGAGAAGAUGAGAAUGUCUCAGGGUGAGAAGAUGAGAAUGUCUCAGGGUGAGAAGGUCAGAAGAUGAGAAUGUCUCAGGGUGAGAAGGUCAGAAGAUGAGAAUGUCUCAGGGUGAGAAGGUCAGAAGAUGAGAAUGUCUCAGGGUGAGAAGGUCAGAAGAUGAGAAUGUCUCAGGGUGAGAAGGUCAGAAGAUGAGAAUGUCUCAGGGUGAGAAGGUCAGAAGAUGAGAAUGUCUCAGGGUGAGAAGGUCAGAAGAUGAGAAUGUCUCAGAGUGAGAAAAUAGGAAGAUGAGAAUGUCUCGGGGUGAGAAAAUAGAAAGAUGAGAAUGUCUCAGGGUGAGAAAAUAGGAAGAUGAGAGAUUGUUAGCUGCACAUGUCACCCAAUAUUGCAUUAAUCACAUGUUAAGAUGUAUCAUUCCAUGUUUUUGUACCUGUAACCAGUUGUACAAAAUACUUAUUGCCAUAGAACUUGUACUGGUAGAUAUUGCUCUAGUAUGUAUUUAUACUGGUAGAUGUUGAUCUAGUAUGUAUUUGUACUGGUAUGAACUGCUCUAGUAUGUAUUUGUACUGGUAGAUAUUGAUCUAGUAUGUAUUUAUACUGGUACAUAUUGCUCUAGUAUGUAUUUGUACUGGUAGAUAUUGCUCUAGUAUGUAUUUGUACUGGUACAUAUUGCUCUAGUAUGUAUUUAUACUGGUAUGAACUGCUC